AUGUACCCGGGGAAUGGCGCCAUCUGUUUUGGCGAGGUUGAACUAAAAAAAGCCAACCUUUCAAUUUGGUUUGGACGUGGCAGAUUCGUGGACGUGUUUUCACUUUUUGGUUACCUCAAUCUUGAAGACGCACGAUCAGUUAUAGUUGUGACAAGACUGAGUAAAAUAGUGAAUAGUUUAGCUUUAAACUUCGCCAGAAUGUUCAAAAAAUUCGCGAUUCUUCUGGCAAUCUUUGCUGUUGCCUUAUGUGAAACCGAAGAAGACACAGGCCCAAGGCUUUUGGUUUCCAAGCAAAUUCUCAACAGAUAUUUGGUAGAAAAUAAGGAUAUUGAAGUUAAGUACACUUUGUACAAUGUUGGAACUUCAGCAGCUGUUGAUGUCAACUUGGUCGAUAACGGUUUCCAUCCUGGUAAUUUCGAAGUUGUCGGGGGUCAUUUAACCUCAAAAUUCGACAGAAUUGCCCCGCAGUCCAACGUCACACAUGUUGUUGUCGUCAGGCCUUUGAGGUACGGCUACUUCAACUUCACCAGUGCUGAAGCCACUUACAAGUCUUCUGAUGAUGCUGCAGCCACUGUACAAUUGUCUUUGAGCAGUGAACCUGGUGAGGGUGGAAUCAUUGCUUUCCGUGACUACGACAAGAAAUUCUCUUCCCACUACUGGGACUGGUUGGCUUUUGCCUUGAUGACCUUCCCGUCUUUUGCCAUUCCUUUGGGGUUGUGGUAUGUCAGCAAGAGCAAGUACGAAAAAUUAGUUGCCAAACCAAAAAGCAAAUGAGUGUAAAUGGUUCAAAUUCCUUUUUUUUAAUUUAUUGUUUAAUUUAAUAUAGAGAUCAGUGCUGUACAUUUUUUUUUCUAUUAUCAGUUGUGAACAUCAUUGUAAAAACCAUCGCUUGGUUUGUCACUCAUUGUUAUAUUUUUGUCUUUUAUUAUGAUGUUAAAUGUUUUCUAUGAAAAAUAAACUACUUUUUUACUGAA